AUGGCAGCAGAGGCACAAGCUUUCCUCGAUGGGCUCGAGGACAGCGUGAAUGCCAGCGCGCGUCGCGUGGAUUUGUAUCGCCUCUAUCACAAGGAUUUCGCCGUGAACAACCUCACGAAGCUCUUUGCAGACGGGCCAUCCAAGCUGUACCUGCAUGCGGACGACACGGAAAUCAUCCUCCAUAAGGCCGUCCGGAGGAACCGCAGACUCGCCUCGGUGCCAACCUCGACUGCAAGGGCGCCCGCGCCUCCCCCACCAGCAGCUGCGUGCACAAAUGAGGCGAGCGCAUCCAGCUUCGCGGACAAAGCGUCCACGUGCGCGGCACUGUAA